AUGCAGCGUGAAGGCACAGUUACACCUUGUUCGUCGAAAAAACCCAUUUUUGCCUAUGUCAGCUCAUGGGCAGCCCAUCGUUCGGGACGAGGAAAGUUCAACAUCAGUGACAUCGAUCCAAAGCUUUGCAAUUAUCUGUUGUACGCCUUUUUCGGUAUCAGUGAGAGAGGUUCGGUGACAAUUUUGGAUCCCUCACUCGACCUGGAAGAUGACGGUGGACGGGGUAACAUUCGUCUGUUCAACGAGUUGAAAACUGCCAAUCCAUCGCUCAAAACGCUCGCCUCCUUUGGAGGGGACAAAGUUCCCGCGUCAUCCUUUUCGCAAGUUGCAUCCAGUUCCAAUCUGCGAUCGACCUUUGCCAUCAAUGCGAAAAGAUUCUGUUUGGCCCACGGAUUUGACGGAGUCGAUAUAGCGUGGCAUUAUCCGAGUGAAGGUGAUCGUUGGAAUUUCGUCCUACUACUGCGCGCUUUGGCGACCGAACUACAUGGUGCCGGGCUUAUCUUAACAGUGGCCGUCGCUGCAAGCGAAUCCAGAGCGUCGGAUUCGUACGAUAUUAACUGUAUCGCACGUCAUGUAGAUUACAUCCUCCUUAUGACGUACGAUUACAACGGCUCGUGGGACAGUUACACUGGUCACAAUGCUCCAUUGUAUGCCGGACUCACGGAUACGAGUGACUUUCAACAAAAGCUGAACAUCGACCAUAGCGUGCAGCACUGGCUUCGCGAAGGUGCUCCAUCUCAUAAGCUGAUACUGGGUGUUCCGGCGUACGGGAGAUCCUUCCGACUUACCAAUGCACUUGGCUAUGGGGUGCGGGCUCCAUCAGACGAGGCAGGAGAUGCGGGACCGUACACCAAAGAAGCCGGUUUCCUUGCGUACUACGAAGUGCUUGAUAACUUGCAAAACGGUUGGAUCAAAGUCAAGGAUGAUAAGCAGAAGGUACCGUAUGCAUAUUCUGAUCGUCAGUGGAUGAGUUAUGAGGACAAAGAGAGUAUUUCCAACAAGUGCAAGUAUGUAGGUGAACAUAAUCUAGGAGGGGUAAUGAUGUGGUCAAUCGAUAUGGAUGAUUUUCGCGGUUCCUUGGGGUGUAAAUAUCCACUGUUGCUGACGGUUAAUCAAUGUCUGCAGUCACUUACGGAGGAUUCUCGAUCGUAGAAUCGUAG